AUGUCAUUCAAUAGUCUUGCCUUUAAUGUCUCAAAAUCAACACCUACUACUUCUACUAAUAAUACCAAUACUACAUCAACAAAGUCUUCAACUUCGAAUUCAGACAAUGGCCUAGCACUCUCAAGCAAAGCCAAAUCCUUAUCUGCAAACAUUGAAUCAACACUAUCGGGAGAUGAUCCCAAAUCAGAUGCACAUGAUUCACAUGCCAACUCAAAAGCGAAUGAUUUACAUGAUGAAUCAAAUACUCCACACUCGACAGCUCAUGCUGUAUCGCCGUCUUUCGGGAAAAAUGUCUCCAACAUCAACAACAACUACAACGAAUCUAAAACAUCAUCCAUCAAGUCACAUCCCUCGAAUUCGAAACUAGGUUUUAGUCCAACUUUAACUGCACCUCCUGUUGUAACUAUUGCAUCCGAAAAUAACGAUAAACUUGGUACAUCAAAGAAGAUAAAAGAUAGUGCGGGCACUAAAAGCUCGGAUUUGAUAGGCUUAUUUGAUAAAUUCGAUAUCAAAAGUAGUGAAAGCGGUUCAACUUCUGAGAUCAAACAUGAUAACAACCAAGAUAAACAAUCUGAUAAUGAUGUACUGAUAGAGAAUGAAAAAUAUGAUAGUGAGCAUGAACAAAAAUUAGAGAAAAUGCAACUGGAUGAUGAGGAUUUGAUUGGAAAAGUAGAAAAGGAAGGUACGGAGAAAAUGAUAGAAGUAAAGAAACCGGAUGCUUUAAUCAACACUAUCGAUAACUCAAAUGGAAAAUCACACAAUUUAUCAUCAAAAAAGAUGGAUCAAACCGCAUAUUUGAGUAUGACAAUACAGCCUUACAAUCCACCAGAACUAGAAAAUACAAUAGUUAACAGCGAAUUAUCAAAUGUGUCAAAUUUAGAGCAAAAACCUACCGAAGAAGAAAGCGUUGAUAUCAAUAAUGAGAAAGAGCAUCUAACAUCAAAUUCUCAAAAUGAAACCAUGGAGUUGUCAGAAACAUCAACUAAAGCAGGUUCUAAUAUUACUCAAAAAAUCGAUUCUCAUCAUAACUCCAAUGAAGAAGUAAUUGCAGUUGAAGAGCCAAGCAAUCUAAUCGACAAUUCAAGAAAUGAAUCGAAAAAAACUAAUGAUGGUCAAGGUCAAGGUCAAGAUGAGGUUGGUUACAAGAAUGAAUUGGGUCAGAUAGCUGAGGAACUGAAAAAAUCUGAGGAUCUCAUCGACUCAGACAAAAUAAUUGAGUUUGAUCAAGAACGCUCGGAGGAUACAGUACCCAAAGUACCGGAGGAAAGUUCCUCAGAGCAUUUGAAAGGCUCGAAGAUUGAGGAAAAUUAUAAUAAAAAUGUUUCUCUGCCUGACAGUUCGCAAUCCACAAAAAAUGAAUUAGGUGACAUUGCUGGUGAUGAAUCAGAGGACAAAGGAAUUGAAGAAAUCGUUAUAAACAAUGAAGAGCCCUCUACCGAAAUCGAAUCAAAAGUGAAAAGUCGAGUAAGUAAAACUCCUUUGAAAAUCAAGUAUAAAGUAAAUCCGAAUGAGCAGCAUCAGCAAUCUCACAAAGCAUUUGAUUUUCAAAACUUUUUGGUACAAUUGAGAAAAAAGCCCGCUGAUCCUAUCGUUAGAUAUUUAAGAUCAUUCCUUGGCUCUUACAUCAAGCAAGUUCAUUCGUUUUCAGCUGAGCAAAGAAUAUCUAUUAUUACAGAUUUUAAAAGCUUCACUAAUGAGAAAUUCAAAUUAUACGAACCUUUUGCUUCAAUGGAUAGUAUAGAUUUGGAAAACUCUCGAGAAGGUUUAGAAAAAUUAAUUAUGAAUAGAUUGUAUGAUUUAUGUUUUCCUCCAGAAGUGUUCAAUCAUUCUACUGCAUUAUCCCAAAUUCCUCAACCAUAUCAAGAUGAUUUGAAAGAAGAUAAGGAAUUUUCGACACAAUUAGAGAAGUACAGUUGGAUCAAUGGAUCACACUUCGAUAUUGAUAUGACUCAGUUCAGUACCCUCAAUGUUAAAGAUGGUCAAGAUUUUUUUCAUUUCGCAAUUUUGGAGCUUAACAAAAUCAACAAUUAUCGAGCACCUAGAGAUAAAAUUAUUUGUAUUUUAAAUUCAUGCAAGAUUAUAUUCAGUUAUUUGAAAUUGAGUAAAAAAGAAACCAAUGCUGAUUCAUUCAUUCCUUUACUUAUAUUAGUCAUAUUAAAAGCUAAAACUAGUCAUCUUAUUAGUAACAUCCAUUAUAUUGAAAACUACAGGGGCGAGGAGUGGUUAUUACAUGGAGAGACAAGUUAUUAUUUAUCAUCGAUUCAAGGUGCUAUUAGUUUUAUUCAAAAUUUGAGUAGAGAGGAUCUAACAAUAAGAGAUGAAGAAUUUGACGCACAUAUGGAGGCUUGGGAUGCUGAACUUAAACAGAGAGAAAAACAGGAGAAAGAGGAGAUGGAAAAGUUGAGGCAAAUUGAGUUGCAGCGUCAAGAGUUCAUAACGCAACAGCAACAACAACAGCAGCAGCAGCGGCAACAAGUACAACAACAGCAACAACAACUACAGCAGCAGCCAGAACAACAACACCAACGAAGCAGCAGGCCAUCAACUCCAAAACGUCGAUUGUCCCAACCACAACCAAGGCGCAUCUCAAAUCCCAAAACUAUGGAAAAUGUUCAAGCAUCUACCCAGAAUACAGGAAUAUCUCCGUCAAAUGUAUUAUUUUCAAGUGCAGAGAUGUUCACGAGAUCAAUCUCAAACUUUUUGUCACCACUGCCUCAACCUAAUACUGUACCUAACAAUUCAAGUAGAGAUUAUGUAUCUUCAAAAGCACCCAUCAGCUCACCUCCACCACCUGCUUUACCACCGAGAAGUUCACAACAUAGUAUUCCACAAAUAAGUAACAUCGAAUCUUCGAAUAACACCACGGAAAGUACCGCUGAGACAAGUAAUAUUCAAUAUCAACCUGAACCACCCGCUGAAGAAGAAAUUAAUUCAGAACAAAUGAAAAAUGCAUAUGAAGUGUUGAAAGAAGUAUUUCCUACUUUGGACACAAAUAUUUUGAAAGAUGUUAUAUUCAUAAAUAAGGGGGAUGUGGAUGUAUGCAUUGAUGCUUGUUUACCAUUAGUCGAUGGAUGA